AUGCCUUCAUAUUGUCCUAGUGGGAGUGCUAGUGCUUCUGUUGCUGGUAGUGUCAGUGCUAGUGGUGGUAUCAAUGCAACUCCAACCAUUGGUCCUAGAGUUCGUAAAUCUAGGAUGGAUUCAUAUUUUGAGCCACGCACUACUCCUGGUGCCCAACCUUCACUUGAGAGCAUGGCUUGGAACAAAGAGGUACACAAUAAGGCUAAAGCUGCAAUUGGAAGAUUUUGGUUUUAUUGCAAUAUUCCAUUCUUCGCAGCCAGGUCUCCUUAUUGGCAAAGCAUGGUUGAUGCCAUUGCUAUUUGUGGGGCAGGUUUCAAAGCCCCUUCUGAUUCCGAGAUAAGUGGCCCAAUCUUGAUAGAAUCGGUGGCUGAUGUAAAAGCCACAUUAGAGGAACAUCGAGAGAUAUGGAAGAAGAAGGGUUGCACCAUCAUGACCGAUGGUUGGACUGAUAGGAGAAAUCGGACACUCCUAAAUUUUCUUGUUUCUUCUGCAGGUGGCACCAUGUUCAUUAAGUCCAUUGAUGCUUCCGCACAUUCUAAAAAUGCCACUUACCUAUGUGAGGUUAUAGAGGAGGUCAUAUAUGAAGUGGGCGAGGAGAAUGUAGAACAAGUGGUGACCGAUAAUUCAGCAAAUUAUGUUGCUGCAGAGAAGGCAAAAAAUAUUUGCAAAUUUGUAUACAAUCAUGCAUGGGUCCUUAACUUAAUGAGGCAAUACACGGGGCAGAAGGAGUUGGCUUGUCCUGGAAUCACUAGAUUUGCCACUAACUCCAUCACACUGCAAUCCUUGAUUCGCAGUAAGGCAGCUUUGAGACGUAUGCUUGUUGGUGAGGAGUGGACUUCCUCAUCCUAUGCUACGAGUGCUGUAGGAGUUGAUGUUGCAGAUUACAUUUUUGAUGAGCCAGGCUUUUGGACCCCUUGUGCUGAGAUCGUGAAGUUCAUUGAGCCCUUGUUAGUUCUCCUACGUGUUGCUGACGGGGAGAAGCCCGCAAUGGGCUACAUAUACGAGGGCAUGGAUAGGGCCAAGGAGGGCAUCAGAUCUGCCUAUGAAGGGGAUGAGAGUAAGUAUCGUCCCAUUUGGGAUAUCAUUGACAGGAGAUGGCAGACCCAGCUUCACAGGCCCCUUCAUGCAGCUGCUUAUUACCUCAAUCCGGCAUUCCAUUUCCGCCCUGAUUUCAAGGCGGAUGAGGAGGUUCUUAGUGGGCUCUACUCAGUGAUAGAGCGAAUGUCGCCUGGUCAUAGCAGCAAUAUAGUCCAGGAGCUAGAGGCUUUUUCUAAUGCUGAAGGGGAGGUCUUCUCUCGUAUGCUUUGCAAAGAAAAUCGGACAAAAAUGCAACCAGAUAGGUGGUGGCAGAUGUUUGGUCCUAAAACACCAAAUCUUCAACAGGUAGCCAUUCGUAUUUUGAGCCAACCAUGCAGUGCUUCCGGUUGUGAGCGCAAUUGGAGUAUGUUUGAGCACAUACACUCCAAGAGGCGCAAUAGCACCCCGAUCACGCUAGAGGAGGUUGAUCCAGAAUCUGAGUGGAUCAGUGAGGCUACAGAUCCUAUGUUUGGUGAUGAGGACUUAGAUUGGAUCGACGAGGUAGAUAGAGAGGCUGAGGUUGUAGCCAUGGCAGAGGAGGAGGUUAGAGCGCGAGGAGAGCCAGAGCCAGAGCCAGAGCCAGACACAACUGAUCUUUGUGAGGGUAGAAUGGAGUCACGAGCAGAGAGUAUGGCUGUUGAUGCAUCCAGGACCUACCUUAGGGUUAGACGCCUUCGUAGGAAGGACCCAGGCUCCUUUGAGCCAUAG